AUGUUCAAGAGCGGCAUUGCCCGUAGCUUGGGCAGGUCUGCCUUUGCUCGACCUUCCAUCACCCGACGCGCCGUCGAGCCCAUAAGAAAAUCGUUUGCUCCAGCCAUCGCACAAAGAUGGGCCUCGACGGAGUCCACCAAGGAAGGGAAGAUUCAUCAGGUCAUUGGCGCUGUUGUCGAUGUCAAAUUCGACACCGAACAACUCCCUGCUAUUCUCAAUGCCCUCGAAACCGAUAAUGGUGGCACCAAAUUGGUGCUGGAAGUCGCACAACAUUUGGGUGAGAACGUCGUGAGAUGCAUUGCCAUGGAUGGUACCGAGGGUCUCGUCCGAGGACACAAAGCUGUCGAUACUGGUGCCCCCAUCAGUAUUCCUGUCGGCCCUGGCACCCUAGGUCGCAUCAUGAACGUUACCGGCGACCCAAUCGAUGAACGCGGACCGAUCAAGGCUGCCAAGCGAGCACCUAUCCACGCUGACCCUCCCGAAUUCGUUGAACAAGCUACGACCGCCGAAGUCCUGGUUACUGGUAUCAAAGUCGUGGAUCUUCUGGCUCCAUAUGCUCGUGGUGGAAAGAUUGGCUUGUUCGGUGGUGCUGGUGUUGGCAAGACCGUUUUCAUUCAGGAGCUUAUUAACAACAUCGCCAAAGCCCACGGUGGGUACUCGGUCUUCACCGGCGUGGGUGAGCGUACUCGUGAGGGCAACGACCUCUAUCACGAGAUGCAGGAGACUUCGGUCAUCCAGCUCGAUGGCGAGUCGAAGGUCGCCCUGGUGUUCGGUCAGAUGAACGAACCUCCUGGGGCUCGUGCUCGAGUGGCCCUGACUGGUUUGACUGUAGCUGAAUAUUUCCGCGACUCUGAAGGCCAGGAUGUGCUGCUUUUCAUCGACAACAUCUUCCGAUUCACUCAAGCCGGUUCCGAAGUGUCUGCUCUGCUCGGUCGUAUCCCAUCUGCCGUCGGUUACCAGCCCACUCUCGCCGUCGACAUGGGUCUCAUGCAGGAACGCAUCACCACUACGCAGAAGGGAUCCAUUACCUCCGUGCAGGCCGUCUACGUGCCUGCUGACGAUUUGACGGAUCCUGCCCCAGCUACGACUUUUGCCCACUUGGACGCCACCACUGUCUUGUCUCGCGGUAUUUCUGAGCUCGGUAUCUACCCUGCGGUCGACCCUCUCGACUCCAAGUCCCGUAUGCUGGACCCCCGCGUCGUGGGACAAGAGCACUACGAUACUGCCUCCCGUGUCCAGCAGAUGUUGCAGGAAUACAAGUCGCUUCAGGAUAUCAUUGCCAUUCUGGGUAUGGAUGAAUUGUCCGAGGCUGACAAGCUCACUGUCGAACGUGCUCGCAAACUGCAACGUUUCCUGUCUCAACCUUUCACCGUCGCUCAGGUCUUCACCGGUAUCGAGGGCCAGCUUGUCGACUUGAAGGAUACCAUCAGCUCAUUCCAGAAGAUCAUCAACGGCGAAGGUGACGACCUGCCGGAGGGUGCUUUCUACAUGGUUGGCAAUUUCGAGAGUGCAAGAGCAAAGGGUGAGAAGAUCUUGGCUGAACUGGAGAAGUCGUAG